AUGACCGCCCAGAAGAUCGAUGGCACGGCCAUCGCGAAGAGUAUCCGGGCAAGGUUGCACUCCGAGAUCCAGGAGAGGAAGACGGCGAACCCAAAGUACAUUCCUUCGUUGAAGAUCAUUCAGGUGGGCGACCGAAGUGACUCUUCCACAUAUGUGCGCAUGAAGCUCAAGGCCGCCGAGGAGGCUGGCAUCUCAUGUGAACUCAUCCAUCUGCCCACAGACAUCACCGAGGCAGAGCUCCUUCAAGAGAUCUACAAGCUGAACAACGACACAUCUGUCCACGGAAUAUUGGUCCAGCUUCCGGUCCCAGACCAUAUCUCUGAGUAUGCUAUCACCUCGGCAGUCAUUGCCGAGAAAGACGUCGAUGGCUUCGGCCCCGAAAACAUCGGUGAGCUUGCAAAGCGGACCGGUCAACCUCUCUUCACCCCAUGCACCCCCAAGGGCGUCAUGGUACUGUUGCGAGAGGCCGGGGUCGACCUCAAGGGCAAGAAUGCCGUCGUCGUGGGCCGAAGUGAUAUAGUUGGCGCUCCUGUCAGCUACCUCCUCAGACAUGCUGAUGCCACCGUCACUGUCUGUCACUCCAAGAGCACAGACUUAGACGCUCAUCUCAAACAAGCUGAUGUUGUCGUCGCCGCCCUUGGAAACCCAGGCUUCAUCAAGGGAUCUUCCUUGAAGCCUGGUGUGGUUGUCAUCGAUGUUGGAACAAACUACAUCCCCGACUCCACCAAGAAGUCCGGCCAGCGUCUCGUCGGCGACGUUGAUUUCGAGUCUGCAUCCGAGGUGGCCUCCUUCAUCACGCCUGUGCCGGGCGGAGUGGGCCCCAUGACUGUGGCUAUGUUGCUGGAGAAUGUCGUUGAUUCUUGCACACACUAUUUUGAGAAGCAGAAGAACAGGAAAAUCGUGGCUCUGCCAUUGAAGCUGAAAGAGCCUGUCCCGUCAGACAUCGCUGUGUCCCGAGCACAGACACCAAAGCAGAUCACUCGCGUGGCUGCUGAGAUUGGCAUUGCUCCAGGAGAGCUCGAGCCCUAUGGUGCACACAAGGCCAAGGUCGACCUCUCCCUGCUCAAGCGUCUUGACCAUCGCCAAAAUGGCAAGUACGUGGUUGUCACUGGUAUCACACCAACGCCACUGGGCGAGGGCAAGUCGACCACGACUAUGGGCCUUGCGCAGGCUCUUGGUGCUCACGUCGGCAGACUCACAUUCGCCAACGUGCGCCAACCCAGUCAGGGCCCAACGUUUGGAAUCAAGGGUGGUGCCGCUGGUGGUGGCUACAGCCAAGUCAUUCCUAUGGAUGAGUUCAACAUGCAUCUCACUGGAGAUAUCCACGCUAUCACGGCAGCAAACAACCUCUUGGCCGCCGCCAUUGAGACUCGCAUCUUCCACGAGAACACCCAAAAAGACGGUCCUCUGUACAAGCGUCUUGUGCCGGCCAAGAAUGGCAAGCGGGUCUUCGCUCCAGUCAUGUUCCGCCGCUUGAAGAAGCUCGGUAUUGAAAAGACCAACCCCGACGACCUCACCGAGGAUGAAAUCCACAGGUUCGCACGAUUGGAUAUCGACCCGGAGACCAUCACCUGGCGACGUGUACUUGAUGUGAACGACCGUCAUCUGCGUGGUAUCACCGUGGGAACGGCGCCUACUGAAAAGGGCCAGACGCGUGAGACAGGCUUCGAUAUAUCCGUGGCCAGUGAAUGUAUGGCCAUCCUGGCCCUCAGCACCGACCUGCAGGAUAUGCGGGAGCGACUGGGUCGCAUGGUCGUUGCUACAUCACGAGCUGGAGAUCCAGUGACGUGUGACGACAUUGGUGCUGGUGGAGCUUUGACUGCCCUGAUGAAGGACGCCAUUAAGCCCAACCUGAUGCAGUCGCUCGAAGGAACGCCAGUCUUUGUUCAUGCUGGCCCCUUCGCCAACAUUAGCAUCGGCAACAGCUCUGUCCUUGCCGACAAGAUGGCGCUCAAGCUCGUGGGCACAGAACCUGACGAGGACCAUGAAUCUAAGGCAGGCUUUGUCGUCACUGAAGCCGGUUUUGACUUCACGAUGGGCGGCGAACGAUUCUUCAACAUCAAGUGUCGGACGUCCGGCCUCGUGCCUGAUGUAGUCGUCGUGGUCGCCACGGUCCGUGCCCUGAAGGUCCACGGUGGUGGACCGCCCAUCGCUCCAGGAGCUGCUCUGUCACAGGUGUAUAAGGAAGAGAACGUCGAGGUCCUGCGCAAGGGCUGCGUCAACCUCAAGAAGCACAUUCAGAAUGCCCGCCAGUAUGGUGUUCCUGUAGUUGUGGCCAUCAACAAGUUUGUUACGGACACGGACGCGGAGAUCGCUGUCAUUCGCGAGGAGGCCAUCGCGGCGGGUGCGGAAGACGCGAUCCUGUCUAACCACUGGGCCGAGGGUGGCAAGGGUGCCGUCAAGCUCGCCGACGGUGUCAUUGCCGCAUCACAGAAGCCCAAGGACUUCAAGCUGCUGUACGAUGUCGAGGGCAACAGUGUUCAGGAGCGCAUCGAAACUAUCGCCAAGAAGAUGUACGGUGCGGACGCGGUGGAGUUCAGUGAGCUUGCGCAGAAGAAGGUCGACACCUACACGAGGCAGGGCUUCGGCAACCUGCCAAUCUGCGUAGCCAAGACGCAGUACUCGCUCUCGCAUGACCCUGAUCUGAAAGGCGCACCAACUGGAUUCACUGUACCUAUCCGGGAUGUGAGGAUGGCGGCCGGCGCUGGUUACCUGUACGCUCUCGCAGCUGAUAUCCAGACCAUCCCUGGUCUCCCGACCGCCCCGGGCUAUCUCAACGUCGAUGUCGAUGCUGAGACGGGCGAGAUCGAUGGCCUGUUCUAA